AUGGAAGCAAAGAAAGAUACCACUGCAAGAACUAAAACUUUCACCUGGUGGGAGAAACCUAGUAUCCAGUAUGCUUUUGCCCAUCCUUUGAUACGAUUAAGACUGGAAAAGCUCAUGGGCACUAACAUUUGUAGCCUGACCGAUAGGGAGUAUAUGACUAGGCUACAAAUACGCAUCCUCGAAGACUAUGCUGACAAAAUGGAUAAACGGAUUAAAACCAGGGAGGCGGAAGAACUGGAAAGAGUCAAAAAUCUUGUAUUGAACGGAACGAUUCCUUUAAGUCAAGCUCCCCCAGAGAUGGCUGAUCAUCCUGUAAUGCUAAUAGAUGCUAUUUGCAACAAACUAAUUGCUGAACGUAGAUCUAAGAUUAAAAUACCUAAAGUUAAGAUUCCAACAUUUUUGUAUUGGGACGAUACUCCUGAUCCUGAAUCCGGUCUUACCAUUCAAAAGGGACACGUAUUUAGAAGUCCAGAUGAACAGUUAUGUGUACCGACUGAAAAAUAUUUAGAAUAUACAGAAGAAGAAGAAGAAAAAUAUAUAAUGCCACAAGAAGAGUAUGACAAAAUUAUUUACAUUAAUCCUUUGGUCAAGAAACUGCUUGAAUGUGAGAACGUAGAGGAAAUAUAUGAUCUUGCUGAAGAAAUUACAGGAACAAAGAAACUUGAUGACCUCUCCAGAUUUACUGUGGAAACUAGGGACACGAUUGUCAGUACAGUUACGAACUAG